ACUCUGAUCCUGAAAGAGAACGGCGUGUGUCGUACCAUGACCUUUUGCUUCUGCCUUAUCUGCAUAGAUCCAGAGAUUGAUCUGCAUUGUGUUGUCUGGCGUGGCAUCUUCACCAAGAUCGAUCAAGCAAGGUUUCUUUACAGUAUCGAAGACAAUGGCACAAGCUUUCGAGCAGUUCACUCUGAGACAAAUUCGCAUCACUGAGAAUGAGCUGGGACAUGGUUCCUACGCUGUUGUCAUGGAGCUAGAGUAUCGAGGACUGAAAUGUGCCGGCAAGAAGCUUCACCGAGCUCUGUACGAGGCUGGAAUCGGGUAUGCAGCACGAAGGUAUUUGGAGGAGUGUCGCCUGCUCAGUCAAACUAGGCACCCCAACAUUGUCCAGUUUCUGGGAGUCUGUUUUGAGGAAGGCUCUCAGUUCCCCAUCCUAGUCAUGGAGUUCCUCCCCACCAACUUGACCAGCUGUCUCGAACGCUAUGGUAUUCUCCCCGAUGAGAUCAACUUCUCCAUCCUCUAUGACGUUUCACUGGGCCUGGCAUACCUCCAUGGCCAAACACCAGUCAUUGUGCACAGAGACCUCUCAGCCAACAAUGUCCUCUUGUCCACCAACAUGACGGCCAAGAUAUCCGAUCUGGGGGUUGCUCGAAUCUUGAACCUCAACCCCCUUCAAGUGAGUAGAAUGACGGAGACCCCUGGCACCCCAGCGUACAUGCCUCCUGAAGUGAUGGUUGCCGACCCCCACUACGACACCAGUGUGGAUUUGUUCUCCUUUGGGAUCAUGAUGAUUCACACCUUCACAGCAGAGUGGCCACUACCAAAGAUCGGCCCCACCAGAAUCAAUCCUGCUAAUCCUGACAUACUGAUACCAGUGACGGAAGCUGAACGACGUGAAGAGUUUCUUCGAAAAAUUCCCCCAGACCACCCUCUGAUGGACCUCAUCAUGCGCUGUCUCAGCAACAACCCUCAGCGAAGGCCUAGAGCAGCGGAGAUAGUGGGUCGGAUGGUGGGUGUGGUACUUGAACACCCUCCCUCCUUUGAGAACAGAGUGGAUAUGCUCCAGCGAGUGAGUGCCCUACUGACAGAGAAGAGGGAGCUUGAGGAGGAGGUUGUGAGAAAAGACUCAGCAAUCCAGAAGAAAACAGGAGAGAUCGAAGUACUGGCGGAGGAGAAAAGACGACAAGAGAAAGAAAAUGGAAACUUUGUCGAACAUAUGCAGCUGGUACACUCACUCGAAAUUGACCAGCUCAAAAUGGAAAAUAACAAACUUGAAACUGAACGAAGUGUGGAGGUAGAGGACCUCAGAGUUGAAUUGGAGCUCAAAGAAUCAUUGGCUGUCACAAAAAACUCUACCAUUGCUAGUUUAGAAACUCGAUGUAAGCAACUCACUGAAGAGGUGGAGCAACAAAUUGCCAACGUCAACUACACUCACAACGAGCUUGCAUCUAAAGCUACGAAAAUUGUUCAACUGGAAACAGAGCAAGCAGACAAAAACUCUAUUAUCGCUUACAAAGAUUCGACUAUCGCUCGCAAAGAUUCGAUCAUUGCCUCCAAGGAUACCUUCCUUCAGAUGAAAGAAGCCACCAAUCAGAGUUUAAACGACCAACUCACCAAAACCAAAAACUACCUGACCAGCAAACCACAGUCCCUACAGGUUCAGUUGUCCUUCAGUCAGUGUUCUGAGGCUCCAGUGGAGAUGUCUGAGGGACUAGCAAUAACCAUCAAUGGCAAGGUCUACUAUGGUGGAGGAGAAUGUUAUGUCGGUGAUGACGAGUUCUGUGUCUACUGUUACAAUCCACCACAAGACGUCUGGUCAACUCUGCCCAGACUUCCUGUACGAUGGUUUGGUCUAGGAGAGGUCAAAGGUGAACUGGUAGCAGUUGGUGGUGUUGAUUCAUCCCACUCUAAAUCCAACGUGGUACGUGUAUUUAAUGAAGGAAAGAACUGGAAACUGACGAUCCCACCUAUGCCAACAGCGAGGGAUUCACCAGCAGUCGUCACUCUCCCAACACAUCUGGUUGUAGCAGGAGGUGAUGUGGGCCGUGUUGUCUACAUUGAUAAUGUUGAGAUCUACAACAUCAGCACCUCCCAGUGGAGCGAGACAGACAGACUACCGUAUGCUUGUGAGGACCAAAGAGGAAUUGUCUGCAACAACACAGCAUACCUAAUGGGGGGAUAUCACGGCAAUUAUAUAAACAAGGUGUUAGCUGCUCAAGUCGACAAGCUCAUCUCAGCAGACCGACAGGAUGAUGCGAGUGCCAACAAAGCCGACUCUAUCUGGAAUACAAUUCCCAACACACCAUCUUACCGCCCUCUCCCUCUAACGAUAUCUGACACCCUCUUUGCUGUUGGUGGAAGGGAUUGUGAAAGUGAAACCACUCAAAGAGUCUACGCCUACUCAUCCUCGAUGGACUCCUGGCUCUACGUUGGUGAUCUACCAUCUCCUGUGGCAGACGCUGCCACUGUGUCACUGUCUCCAACGGAGUGCCUUGUGAUUGGGGGAAGAGACGAAGAAAAAAAAUCAACUGCGUAUAAAAUUAGUGUCUCAACAACUAUUUUUUGAUUGUUUAGGUAUUAUUGUUUUUGUGAAACUAUUUUUGGUGUGAAACAUUUUUUGCAAUGUCAGCUUAAA